AUGAACUCUCUUUCGUACCUGACCGGGGCGACGCAGCACGCGGCGGGCAAGGGGGACGGGCGGUGGCCGGGGAGCGAGCGCGGGCUGGCGAAGGUGCGGGAGGAGCAGGACGCCGCGCGCGCGGGCGUGGGCGCCGGGGCUGCGUGGGUGUGGCGCGUGCUGUUCUUCCUGCCGAAGUGGCUGGUGGUGAAGCCGGUGGUGCUGGUGUGGUUUGUGCUGACGUUCCCGCUGAGCCUGAUUGAGCAGACGUCGUCCAAGGAGGCGGACGGCGCGCCGGGGCCGGAGGCGGCGGAGGAGGAGCAGCUGGCGGAGGCGGUGGAGGACGACGACCUGGCGGGCGAGUCGAUGGUGCUGCAGGAGGACUCGGUCAAGUCGUCGCGGCCGUCGACAAGCCGGUCGAGCUACACGUCCACGCGGCUGGGCAAGUUUCUGUUCCCGAAGAAACUGAUUCCGCAGUCGAUCCUGCAGACCGACCGCAAGAAGCUGCUGGUGCUGGACCUGGACGAGACGCUGAUCCACUCGAUGUCGCGCUCGACGUCCUCGGUGAGCAACUCGCAGGGACACAUGGUGGAGGUGACGUUUGCGGCGAGCGGCGUCUCCACGCUGUACUACGUGCACAAGCGCCCGUACUGCGACCUGUUCCUGUCGCGCGUGUCGAAGUGGUACGACCUGGUGAUCUUCACGGCGUCCAUGAAGGAGUAUGCCGACCCCGUCAUAGACUGGCUGGAGAGCGGGAUCUCGGUCCGCUUCAGCCAGCGCAGAUACCGAUCAGAUUGCCUUCUGCGAGACGGCGUGGGCUACGUGAAGGACCUGAGCAUCAUAUCCAAGAACUUGCAGGACAUCAUCAUUGUAGAUAACUCGCCGAUCUCAUAUGCCAUGAACGUGGACAACGCCAUUCAGGUGGAGGGCUGGAUCAGCGAUCCCACGGACACGGGGCUGCUGAACCUGCUUCCUCUGCUGGAGGGGCUGCGGUUCACGACGGACACGCGCAACAUACUGUCGCUCAAGAACGGAGAGCGGGCUUUUAUCUAG